AUGUUGCAGCUGCAGAAGGAAACCCUCGAAGAUCCGCUUCUCAGCCGCACCAUGAAACAAAUGGAAGAUGGCAUGGUAAUAGACGGCGUUCUGAAACCGUAUGCGGAAGAGCUAUCCGUGGUCAAUGGAGUGGUGCUAAAGGGUUGCAAAGUUGUGGUGCCAAAAUCAAUGCGUGCGGAAAUUAUUGAGCGAAUUCACGAAGGCCACUUGGGUAUGAACAAGUGCAAAGCUAGAGCCCGUAGACUGGUUUUCUGGCCGGGAAUGAGCAGUGACAUUGAGCAACGAGCGCUAACGUGCAGCGUAUGUCGAAGGUACGCAUACAGUCAACCGAGUGAACCCCUCCUGCUACAGCCAACGCCCGACCGACCGUGGCAUCGUGUAGGCAUAGACCUAUUUACAUUCGCUGGAGAACACUACGUAUUUGUGUUUGAUGCCCAUUUGAACUUUCCUGACGUCGAGAAACUCGGAGGUACCACGGCGGCGGAAGUAAUCGACAAGAUAUCUGCUAUCUUCUCGCGAUACGGCAUUCCCAACCAAGUUUGUACCGACAACGGGCCUCAAUUUGCAUCGCGAGAGUUCGCGUCCUUCGUGCGCCGAUAUGACUUCGAGCAUAUCACUUCGAGUCCAGAGUUCCUACGGUCAAAUGGCUUAGCUGAAAAGAGGGCUUAUCGAUCUUCUCCCCUUGACAGCGGUCACUCACCCGGAGAACUACUGCAAGGUCGCCGCCUGCACGCCACUCUUCCAGAAUACAACGUCGACGGAGGCAUACCCGUAUGGAAACAGCGACAGUCUUCCCGAGGCAGGCCACUACCACCCUUGGAAGCCGGAAAUGUGGUCCGGAUCAAACACGGAAGCUGGUCACGCCGAGCGAAAGUGGUACAAGAGACUGCACCACGAUCAUACGUGGUAAGAACGGAAGACCAUGAGCUCCUGAGACGGAACCGACAGCACUUGCUGCGAAUGGACAAAAACUUCGACGACAAGGUCAGCCCCGAGGGAAAUCCGAACCCCGACGCGAGGCCCCCGACGAAGUUCAGUGAUGGACACCGCGGCAACAUCUCGCCGGACAACCCACUGGGAAGUCACCAGGUGCAACCAGCUCAGCCAGAGGAAGAUUAUAACGCCACCAUUUAUCCAGACACUCCAGGAAGCCCACUGGCUGGCCUGCGCAGAAACCAGUGCCACUGGGGACCAGCUUCUAGUGCCGUGCCUGAGUACGAGCCUAGUAUUGCUCUGGCUACUGGGACGCUUGUUACUGGUAGGCGCUGGAUACACAGCUCAAAACACCUUUACAACGUUUAA